UUGGCCUGCAGCAUGACUUCAAAUAGGAAGGUCGCUUUUCUCCAAGCCAAUUCAAAGCUUGCUAAAAAAAAUUCAUUGUCUUACCCAAUUCACAGUAAUGAUGGAGUCUUGGGGCCGAUCAUGAUAUUGGGGUUUUGUUGCCGACGCCAAUCUCUGUUUUGUAACUGUGAAUGAUGUCAAGACCAGUGUUGCUUGUUUUUCUGCUUCUUGUUCUCAUAAUCACUUCCCAGUUUGAGUGGAAGCAACAACUUGUCCCUGACCUUGAUGCAACUCCAAGUAUUUCCCAAAAGCCAAGUCAGAGCUCAAAGAGGGAAGAAGCUGUAAAAGAGAAGGUGCUAGAGCUCGUGCAUAUUACUUGAAACCAAAACUACAUGAUUUUCCUUAGAAGAAGAAGAAAACCACUUUCUAUUCUUCUUUACUAUAUGGGAGAUCUAAUUCUUGCUAUCAGCGUGGACAACUUCCAUUCUCUGGCGUUAAUUUUCAAUCAAGCAAGAAUCACCUUUGAGACCAGUGGAGUCUUUUGGGGAUACUUGCCAGUAUUGUUAGCAUGACUAUGGGUGGUUGCAAAGGGAUUCAAAUGUUGGGCAUGUAUUUGCUUUGACCUUUCUUAUAUAUUUUGGUGGUUGUUGGUUUGAGUGGGUUGGUUAAAAGUGCAUGGGACAUGCAACUGAUAGAAGCACUGACAGUAGGAAGGGAAGGAGUGGAGAUUUCUUAUCUACAGUUUGCCAAUGACGCAAACUUCUUUUCUUUCUGGGUUUAUCAGAAUUUGUGUGAUUUACUAAUGGUGAGUCUUUGUGUGUCUUCUGUGGGAAUAAAAUUAAUAGAGAAAAUUGUUCGUUACUCUGCAUUUCUGCAAGAGGUGAAAGUGAUUGCUAACGUAGAUUUUGGGAUGGUGUGGAAAAUUGGCCUAUCAAGAAAUUGGGGCUGCCUUUAGGAGGCGCUCUUGGGAUCCAGAGGUGGAAAACAUGGAAGAUGGUUAGAAGGGUCUAAAAAAGCUCUUUUGUAACUUCAGUCCAAUCUAUUCUUACUUCUUAGUAGUUUGCAUCUAUUAACUUUAAUCUCAAGCGAUGUCGCUAAUAUGUUAAAUAGAUUAAUGAACAACGUUUUUUUUUUUUUGGU